AUGUCAAAGAUCACAAGCCUAAUGCAAGAAGAGGUAACGUUAGGUGAGGUUUCAGAGACGAGAGAAGACUCAUUUUCGGAAAAUAAUCAUGUGUUUGAUAUUUGUCGGAAAAGAAAGAGAUCAGAUGAAGAAGAAGAAGAAGAAGAACUUGUGGAGGAAGACAACGACGGGUUCAAAACGCCUACUCGUCCGGAGAAUAGAAUCCCUGAGGUCAGAGAAUGCCCACCUGCGCCAAGGAGACGCAAUAGGGAAUAUUCGAGGAUGCAGAGAGGUAAUUAUACAAUGUGGUGCCGUAGACGGUUGAGUUUCUCGCCGGAAAAUGCUGUCCGCUCGUUUAUAACGGACUUGCAGUGGAGGACAAUGACAAUGACGAUCAAGAAAUAAUUAGAAGAAAGAGAUUUUUACUUUAGUUUUUAUGGUUUUGUUAUGGCAUUAUUAGGUCACGUUCGGAAAAUAUCUGAACGUUUUUUUUUUCUGCAGAUAGAUAACAAAAAAAAUACUUGAUUAAACAGGUAUUUUGUUUUUAAGAGUUCUUCACUCUCAAAUGUAGAUUUCUGUUUGGAGUUGAUUAUUAUUUGUGCAUUGUUUUUUUUUCUUAGUUUUGUUACUUUUUUAUAUUAAUUAAGGAUCUCUAAUAUGUGUAUCUUGUUUUUC